AAAGCAAUCCAGAAAGAUUUGAAGAAAAAGGUAAUAGAAAUACAAGAACAACUAAGGAUGAGGGCAUUUAUCUUGAGAAUGACUAAAAAGGAAGGCUGGAAUAUGAAGCAAGAAAGCAAGCAAGAUUACAGGAAGGAUACUCCAUAUCAUAUAACUGAAGAGUUUGGCAAACCAAAGAAUGAAUAA